AUGGGUAUAUAUCCCUAAAAACUUCAAAUUUAAAUUCAUACUUAAAAGAAUUUAAUAGAACAAAUAAAAAAAGAAAUAAAUUUAAAAACAAGAAUAUUAAAUAAAAUAGAAUCAGCAUUAUUCAAAUAAUAAAAAUGCUAUGAGUUCUAUUUUUUUAAGAAAUCAAUAAAUUUAUUUAACUCAAUUUCUGAAGAGAAUUUUUAAAGAGUUAUUUAGAUUGACUAACUCAUUACAAAUAUUUUAAUAGCUAUGUAUUAAGUUGUGUUAAAUUAAAUUCAUAAAGCUAUAUUUUACUUGUUCAAGAAACGAACUUAUUUAAAUAUUUAUUUUAUUCUAAUUAUUAUUAUAAAAUAAUAUCUUUAUUUAAAAUUAUUAAUUAUAAAUCAAAAAUUUUAGAAAUAAAUAAUGUAAUUAUUCAAUAGUUAUAUAAUUAUUAUGUAAUAUAUAUAUUUAUAAAAAAUAUUCAAAUAAUUUAAUAAGGAUAUUAGUUUAACAAUAAUAUUCUUGAUUAUUUUAGAACAUUCUUAAAACAAAUAUUUUGUAAAUAAUUUAAAGAUACUCAGUCUAAAAAAAUAUUUAUCAAAAACUUUUUCAAUAUUAUGA